CUCGAUCUCCCAGUCGCCAACAGUGGCAUUUCUCUUCUCCUCCUCCCGUCUCCGGUGGUCUCUCUGUUGGUGGUGGCCGGUUCGAGAAACUGGUGGAGUUACGACUUGCUCAAGAAUCUGGGUCAUAUCUCUCCUCAUGUCCAAUCUCAUCUCAAACGGGAUGAGCUGCGCGAUGCUGUUCUUCUUUUUUUUGCUAAGAAACAGGAUCUUCCAAAUGCAAUGAAUGAAGCUGAGAUCACUGAUAAGCUUGGUCGUCAUUCUCUCAGGCAGUGCCACUGGUACAUCCAGAGCACAUGUGCAACCUCAGGAGAGGGAUUGUACGAGGGUCUGGAUUGGCUCUCCAACAACAUUGCCAACAAGGAUGAAAUUAUCAAUCGGAUGGAUGUUUUGAAUACCCAGAGAAGAGAUAGAUCGACUGAAGUUGGACUAUCCACGAAGAAAAGAGGAGAAUUCGAAGGAAAUCAUUGGAAAUGGCCAUUAAUAAUGACUGCAGCUAUUCUUGAAAUCUCUAGAUGUUCCCCGCCGAUUCAAGUUAAUGGCUCUUUAACUUUGACACUGCAUCCUGCACUGUGUUUGACGCGCUCUUGGAUUCAAGCUACACAUGCUCGGUGAUCUUGGGGUUGGUUUCCUACUGUUUGUAGCUGAAAUUUCAGUGAGACUCAACUCAGUGUACCUAAUAAGAAAAUGACAAAAUGAUUAUUUUGUAUACUAACACAAUUUUGGUAUUAUGUGAUUAGUUAAAGGAGUCGAUUACUAAUUUUAUAUAAGUUUUAAAAA